AUGACUCAAACAAGCAGUUGGCCAAACAGGAUCAACCCAGAACUACAAAUGCAGCUUGCUCACGUAGUCAGAGAGAGACUGAACAUCAAAAUGAUGGACCACGUUUGGAUGCAAGUGCACUACCCACGCUUCGUGGACCUUCCUUGCUUGUUGGAUGUUGAGUUUGGAAAGCUUUUACCUGGGAAGCAAGACCUUUUCCUUCGCAAGUGGGAAGCGCACUGUGUUCCGAAAUUACUGAAAGUGGCUACACUGGAAAAUUAUGACAACAUUCUACAAGACACUGAAGAAAAUGGUGAGGCACGUGCCUUCCGCGCCCUGCAGAUACUUACUCAUCUUCUUCCUCCAAUUGCGUUGGGGAGAGGCAAAGGAUGGUCCAAGUGCAGCGUGAAAUCUGCUCUUUCUUAUAUCUUGGACAUCAAGCCGACGGGAACCAGCCUCUCAAUGAGUGGAGCCGUCGGCUGCAGCGCUCUGAGGAGUUUGGAGAACGGUCAAACUUCUGUCCGUUACCGGGGGCUCCUCGUUAUCUUCAACUGUCGUCCUGGUUACAAGCUUCAUGGACACAAGAGCAGCAGCUGCGUCUCGGGCCGCUGGUCCAGGGAGCCUCCCACCUGCGUCGGCUCCGGUUGUCCGCACCCGGUUCCAGUGGCUCACGGUUCCUUCAGAUUGAGCAGUGACGCCUCGUGGGUGCAGUUUUCAUGUGACGAAGGAUAUAGACUGAUCGGCCCCUCGGCGCUCUACUGUAAAGGCCUCGAGUGGAACAGCUCCCAGCCGCUGUGUGCAGAUCUAGACGAGUGCACGUUGCCUGUGGCUGAGACCGGUUGCCUGUUUGGUUGUGUGAAUACUGCAGGGGGCUUCUACUGUCUGUGUCCACCAGGAUACACUCUGCCGAGCCCAGACGCUCACUGCCAAGACUUUGAUGAGUGUGCAGCCAACGGAGGUCUGGGUCCUUGUUCGGAGCGCUGUCAUAACUCUGCAGGGUCCUUCCACUGCUCCUGCUCUCGCGGCUUCACUCUGGCUGGAGAUGGCCUCGCCUGCAUCCCAGACUGCCCCAAAGGAUACAGGAAACUGGCCAUCUUCCCAAACAACUCCACACUGCCCCCUGCAGGCCAGUGUGUCGAUUUUGAUGAAUGCAGUCGGGACAAUGGUGGAUGCUCACAUGUGUGUGUGAACCUCAGAGGGACGUUCAAAUGCUCCUGUCCUUCGUCACUUCGUUUCUCCACCCACAGCUGGAGAAAGUGUGUCCCACGACGAUGGAAACUGUAG